AUGAAAUCUACUGCCCUCACCAAGUUGACACCUAUAACUGUUACUAUCCCGACAAGUCUAUGGCAUAUGGUGGCUACGCAAGCCACAUCCGCGCACACUAAUAUUUUGUCUUUGCGAUUCCCGAAAGCUUGGACUCCAGCCUUGCAGCACCAAUGCUGUGUGCUGGUAUCACCUCUUGCAGUCCUCUUUCGCGCCAAAAUUGGCUCGGGAAGAAUGGUUGGAAUAGUUGGAAUCGGCGGUUUGGGAUACUUCGGUAUUCUUUUUGCUGCAGCUUUGGGCGCCGAAGUAUAUGCAAUCUCAUAUUCUCCAAACAAAAAAGCUGAUGCAAAGGCUCUCGGUGCUGAAGGCUUCAUUUGUACCAAGAAUAAGGGCUGGAAUUUGCCCUGGAGAAACAAUUUCGACUUUAUUCUCAACACAACUGAUGCCACGGAUCCCUUCGACAUGACUGCGUAUUUCAGUCUCCGAACUAUCAACGGUACAUUCCACACCGUUGGUAUUUCGGACAAGGAGUUCCCGCCUCUCGGAACACAGGACAUGAUGGGCAAUGGCUCGAUUGCUGUUAGUCAUAUUGGUAGCAGUUGGGUUGAGACAAUCGAUAUCGGUGAGGAGGGAUGCAAAACCGCUGUGGAGAAAGUGUACAAUGGUGAUGUUAGAUAUCGAGUCACGCUGGUUGGCUAUGAUAAGGUGUUUGGCAACAGAGAGUGA